AUGCCAGACGUUAGGGAAAAAACGUCAGAUGGUGGUCAUGCGGACGAGCUGUCAAAAUUAAGUAAGAGCCGGGAAUCCGAUUGGCCAGCGGUGCUCUUCUUCAUACAUAUACAUCUUUUGUCUCUUUACGGCUUCUGGCUUCUGUUUUUUGAAGUGAAAUGGAUGACGGUAUUAUUACUUGUCGCCCUUACGUCGUUUGCCACGUUAGGAGUAAAUGUGGGAGCGCAUCGUCUGUGGGCACAUCGCACGUACACUGCUAGCAAAGAAUUACGCUUCGUUUUAAUGCUUAUGCAGACAUUAGUUGGACAGGGCUCAAUAUACCACUGGGUACAAUAUCAUAGACUACAUCACUCACUUUUCAAUACAGAUCUUGACCCAUACGAUCAUAGAAAGGGCUUCCUGUAUUCCCACAUUCUGACGCGACUAAGAAAACUUAGUCCUUACCAAGAGAGACUAAAGGAUCAGAUAGAUAUGUCCGACAUUGAAAAAGAUUCCAUCGUAAUGUUCCAAAAGAACUUCUACUGGUUACUGUAUGGAGUUUUAUUCCUCUUGCUGCCCCUAAACGCGCCGCUCGAAUAUUGGAAUGACUCAGUACUGAGCGCCGUUUUCGUCAUCGGAAUUUUGCGAUACGCUCUUGUUCUGCAUGCCGCUUGGCUGAUCGAGAGCGGUUUUUGCAUCUGGGGCCUCAAACAAGGAGAAAAGAACCCGCCAGACUCCAACUUAGUGUUCUUUGUUAAUCGAUCCUAUUGGCCACAUUAUCACUACCUUUAUCCACGUGACUACAAAUCAGGAGAGUAUGGAACAUACGAUUCCGGCUGUUCUACGGCAUUUAUACGAGUAUGGGCGGCACUUGGUCUAGCUAAAGAUUUACAAACAACUGAAUCAAGCACAAUCCAUGAGGCUAUGGCAAAUGCCGUCAAAACUAAAAAACCUUUACGUACAUGUUUGGAUGAGGCCAUUAAAGUACAGCGUCUCCCUGAGGACCACUAUCUUAGACGUGGAUAA